AGGCAGAAAAACCAGUGGUACAUAUUGUCUCAAGCACCAUGUGGAUCAGAGGGUUCUUUCAUUUUGUUCAUGCUUCUGAUUUAAACCAUCAACAAACCAGUGACAGAAAAAAAAAAUGGUUGGCGAUUAAAUACAAAAGAAACAAAAAGAAAAGAAACAUAGAAGAAGCAUUAGGAGAGGAAGAAUGCAAAUGGCAAUUUUGUUAAGAGGAGGAGCACUUGGAGAUUCUAGCUUUCGUUUGUAUUCAUUAACUUCAACUUCUUCUUCUUCUUUGCAUGUCUCCCAGAAUGUUGUCUUACCCACCUCAUCAUCAUCACCAAUACAACCUUUGAUUGCAAGUAAAUUAAAAUCAACUAACAGAAACAAGAUAACCUGUUCUGCUGUUCAAGAAUCAUCUACUAGUACAUCAGCUACCUCUGAAACAAAGGAGGAAGUAAAUGCAUCUCCAAAAGCUGAACCAGAAAAGAAGCCUCCUGCUAAAGCUCCAGCUAAGCCUCUACCUCAGAUGAUGGAGGAGGAUGUGAUCCCUUCAUUGAAAGCAAUAUUUGAAGCCCAAGAAGAUCUCUCUAAUAUUGAGCUAGUCUUUCAGGACAAUAAGUUGGAAGGUUCUUUUUUGAAAAAAGGCAAUCCCUAUUCAUUUUGGGCCUUCUUUCCCACAGGAUUAACUGGUCCAAAGGGGUUUUCUCUGUCAUCUUAUAACUCAGAAGCAAGCACUGUUGAACCAUUUCUUAUUGAUGAAAAGAAAAUUACUGCAAGACACAUUAUCUUCUGGCUUGAAAAACGUUUGGCAGCACAAGGGAUCAUUCCUGUAUGGAAAGAUUAAUAUCUUAUUAGUGAAAUUUCAUUUUGGUUGCAAAUGUGUAGCAUACAAUUCAAUAUUCUCUUUUCCCUUGGCUUAAUGACUAUGAUAUAUAUAGUGUUGUGUUGAUCAAUGUGCAAUUGUAUAUGCUUUUAUA